AUGUUUUGUGUAUCGGGAUACCUGUGCGCCUCUACUCAGCGUAAAAAUCCUGUAGAUAUUGGGCGGCUUCUGUACGGCAAGCGCAAAAAUGCCUUUCACCGACUCAGUGAUGCAAAACCUUCGGUCACUGCGAUGAUUUCGAAUGUUCCGAGCGAAGGGCUGGUCGCUGCGGUCGCUCGCGCCAUCGCUUUAAAGGAAUUAGACCGCGACAGUGUCUUAUCUAUUCUCAAAUCGAACCGUGCGAUGCGUCGGUUGGAUCGAUCCGAGCUUAUAAUCCAAGGGCUCCGCGACACUAACUUUCCGCUCACUUCUCAUCACUAUUCUCUUCUCAUGGCUCAUGCCAAUGAACAGAGGCAACCACAGAAAGCGCUAGAGUACUGGGAGACGGCCGCCCAGGAAGGGAAGAUUAAUGAGAAGCUGCGUGGUGCGCUGAUCGCUACGUACCGAAAUACAGGGAAUUGGCGUAAAGCAUUAGAGCAGUGCGAAAAAAUCUGGGAGGACCAAUAUGUCCUAGACGCUCACGCAUUGCACGCGGCGAUGAACGCAUGCCGGCGCCAUGGGGCAUGGCACGACGGUCUUCAGGUUUUUUCACAAGCCGUCCGCCGUGGAACGAAGCCGAAUAACGUGGUGUACUUGGAGUUACUUCGGCUCUUUGCGAGUGCCCACCCGAUGCGGGCCCGCUCGUCCUACGCCUUGGCCACUUUAAAUGCCCUAAAGGACAAGGUGGAUUUAACCGCAGGCCACUACAACGCCGUUCUCGCGACGCUCCGGGGCCCGGACAGGUGGGAAAAGGGCGUUGUCCUCUUUGAGUCCAUGAAGGCCCGCAACGUCCAGCCCAGCCGUGAGACGCUCAGUGCGUUGCUGCUGCUGAACCCGACGAGUGUGUCCCACGGCAUUCGCUGCGUCGUGCAAGCGCAUGAGCUGGGGAUGCCCGUCACCGACCUGAUGUACCGGGCGGUCUUUAGCAAUCUAUUUCGCCUCAACCUCGACCAUGAGGCAUCCCAGUUCGCCCAGCGUGAGUACCGGCGCGAUACCGUGGAUGUCGGAAACCCUAUCUGCUCGACGCUCGCGCUUAACAUGGCGAUGCUCGAUAGUCUUUUGGCGCAUCCGCGCCCGUACGACGCGUUUUUGUUUUAUCAGACCUUUGAAUCUAACCUAGGCGACGCCGCGGGGUCCGCCACACGCCAGCUUGGAACUCUCGGUGAUCCCACGCGGCGGUGGAUAGUUCAAGGGCGCGUGGCAGUGAUUGACCAUAAUGUGCUUCUCUGCCCACGGAUGGAAUCGUUGAUUUUUCACUACGACUCUAUUUUUAUUCCCUUUUCAAGCAUCCGUGUGCUCGUUCGCCGGGACCGUGAGCUGGAUGGCACCGUGCAAAGUCGUUAUAUUAAGCGUACCUUGUACCGCAUUGGACUCUUGCUGAAAAGUCCAGAGUGGAGCAUGAUGCGUGUGUUACCUUUUUCUCAUCAGUUGUUGGCGCAUCAUUACAUUGUGGGUGGUCCCGCCACCCCUGACGCGCUGCGAGCGCUCCGUGAGGAGGCCGAGAGGACCCAGACUUCCGAACUGAAGGCGUUUCCGUCCUUCAGCCAGUCGCUUUUGGACAGCAUAAAUGGAGAGAGCACUGACGCGCGCCUGGGUGGUGAUAGGGCUGACGUCGACGAUAGCUCCGUAGCCUUAACUUUUAUUCGUCCAUGUGAUGACAGCGCGAUGCCUAGUCUGGUGAUGUCCCCGGACGAUGGUCUGUGCUCUGUGAACGAAAAAUAUCCCAAGGAUCAUCAAGCUUCUUUGAUUAAGACGCAUCCCGAAGACUUUUUGGUGCAGCCGAAUCGGAUCACUUCGACAGAACGCGUAGUAGCUGUGGCAGUCAUGAUGAAAACCCUCAACCCUGACGUGGAUAUUCAUGUCUUGUCGUCUAACCCUAUACAGCUUCGUGUCGUGGAACGCUGGAAUGGGCUACCGCAGCAGGCUAAACUUACCCCCGUGCGAUAUCCGGAGGAAUUAUUUGUUAAAGCGCCGCCAGAGCGACCAAAUCCCGUGGGCAGUCAUGCCAGCAGCAUAUUUGCUCAGCAAACCGACGAGAAUAUGCUGCUAAUGGAUAAAGAGGACGAUAAUUCACCUCUUUCGGGUGGCGUUGAGGAUUGGUUUAUGCCUUCAUAA